AUGCUGUCUCCGAGAUCAUGCUACUUCUUCGACCAAAAACGACCAGACCCCCAUCUUAUUGUUCAUGUGUCAUGCACGAGUGAAGCACAGCGGGCUCCCAUUACAAGUCCCACUGGUAACGCUCAAUGCAGCCAGAAGGAAUCUAGUGCCGUUAACCUGAUAACACCCACUAGUGCAGUUGAUAACCUACCGAAGUGUGAUAAACCAGAUCUCUCCAUCGCCGUAACGGAUUCAAUGGUACAACAGCAUCGGUAUUUCACGUCAUCUAGUGAGAGCGAAUCACUCCUGAAUGAUCUGGGUGAGCGAAUCCGAACAACUAACUGGCGAAAAACAAACUGCCCCCGAUACUUGAAUUACGAACUGGACAGUACGUGGGAAGAACUUGUGCGAAGUGCAUGUCACGAUUUUCGCGAGUGGCAGACUGGCUCAUUUAGUGCUGCCUACGCAGUGUGGAGACGAGACUAUCCACCCGAAGUGGAUGCAGGUGGGUUCAAAUAUAGACGGAUACGACGAAACCACACGGGGGCUCCACUCAGCGGCGCCCACACCGCGUCGAGGGCUCUGUCGGAUGCUGACCACCCUAGCUGGCUGAAAAUGAGUUCUUUCGAUCCCUCAAAAUCUGGCAAUUGUGCACAGUCGACACCUCAGAGGGAGGACGGAGAAAACAGGUCCGGAUCUACAUGGAAUUCAUUGCCUCGCACAAGUUUGUCAAAGCCUUUUAAAAGCAGCAGUAGCAGUAGCACAACACUGGACGAAUCCUUGCUCGAAGGUGCUUCGGAAUCGUUGGACCUAGACAGCAUUAAGUACGAUUCGUAUAAAACUCCCGUAAACUAUGAAGAACAUCAAGCAGCUGGGAAAUUGGCCUCGCAUUUGGCACCGCGCGGUCGGAAACUCACUACCAAAACCAUUCACUUUUCAAUGAGAAAUGCUCAGCAAGAUUGGAGUAAUGUGAAUCCAAUCCUCACUCUUGUGGAUACGCUGGAAUGGGCGUGCUCCAGAUUGAAAAACUGCAUGAAAAGGAAUGACCUCACAGCUCAUAUGCAGCGUCUUCAGUCCCCCAAUUUGUGUCAAGCCCACCACAUCACUUUCAGAAAACUGGCGUCGCUAUGUUCGGUAGAGGACCAACACUGUGCGGAUCUUGCAGAAGAUCCUUACGUGAACGGCAAAAAUAAUCAACCAACGUCAGCAGAAAAUACCCGGAAGAAACUCGUGUUUCAGGUCAGUACGUCAGGUGCGUCAUCCAAUGCUCGUAGGCCAUGUCUUCGGUUACUCAGACAAACACACUGUGCCUCAACGCAAGGACCCUUACUCUCCGGACGUCAAAUGGAACAGAUACUAGGAGAUGGAACAAUGACGCUUUCAGACGGAACGAAUCGCCUUAUUCCGCUUGGUACCCCGGUCAUCAUGGCACUCGAAACGCUAUCCAAGCGGUUCUCAACUCUUCCCAGAGAGAUGGGACCCAACAAUGCCGAAGAGAUUUUCUUGAACGAGUUGGUUAAACUGAUUCGAUGCAGUCAGCAAGAAAUGGAACGAAAGAAACAGCAUUACUCUUCCCCCGAUGCUAAUUCUCCAUGCUGGCUUUCGUGCACUUGUGAUGGCACGCUGACCAUCCGGUACCCGUCGGGGCAUCCCGCUAUUAUAUGGACACCGACACCGUUGACAUACGCGCCAGUAGUAUCUGGUUUUCCUGGUGAGCAAAAUUUAGACCCAGUUCCCAGGUCACCAGCGACCACUGGUCAGAAGACAGUCACCAUGGAGAAGCGCCGUAAUUCUGGAAGCACGGUCCAUACCUCUAGUCGCUCAUCGACUUCAACGGGUAAACGAAUCGAGCGAAACCGACCAGUUUGGCAACAGGCUAUAGCACUUCCUUCGAAAACGGGGUUUUACUUGUUUCUAUUCGAUAUUCCAGCAAGCGUGGAUUCAACGACUAACGACCCAAGACAUUUUACUCCCGCAGAUGGGGAAUCCAUCUCCAGAUUGCCAAGGAAUGCAGCUACCUUACCUAAUGAUAAAGUUCAACGUUUGUUACUGCAGAUGCCGAAACCAACAUCCAAGCGACUAGGCCAACUUGUGAGCGGAAACCGGCAGUUCGCGAUGCAGUCUGGACCCACUGGGCCAGCUAGUUUCUCAAAUGCAACCAGGAAACCUGGAUGUUUGGAAGUGCAUGGCCACAACCAGUCCCUCCGUUUAAUGGAUAUGACAAAAGGUUCCGCUCCCACACCACAAAUAGGUCAGUUACUCGCCUAUGUAACACCAACAGGUCAUGGGGCUGUCUUCCGGAACCUCCGUCUUAACCAACAAUCAGGUUGUCAACCUGACAUACGCCUGCUUCCGCACAGCAACCUACAAGCAGUGUUUUCAUCUAACUUCAUACAAUUUCACCACGAACCAAAUGAACGACAUUUGCCCUCCGUCGCCUUAUCGGGGCGAGAUUUUAAAUCCGAUCCAACAAUGCGGUUCCCCAGUUCACUGGAUCUUCAUCUCAACGAGUACUUGAAGAUCUAUCACUCCGGUCCAGGCCAUCUAAUGAUUGUCUUCCGCCUUGGUGACCAAGUGGAGCUGAGCAUAGUUUGCGAUCAAUACAUUAGUGAACCCGAAACGGUCGGUGACCAUCAGUCCCCAUCGGAGAGAACUGUAACAACCGAGGCCUCCGCAAAAUCUCGUCUACUGUCCAAACUACCCUUCCUCAACACUCUGGUCAAGUCCAGCUCAUCCCACUUGGUGCUGAGGAAUCAUAAAAAGCGAGAGGUGCGCCGUGCCACCCCAGUCCCACCAAACACAGAUGCAGGUGUUUAUGGGAUGGAUUUUUUGCUUGACUCAGAGUUUGCGCGUCCCCUAGAGGCACCAACUCCUUCAUUUGAUUUAUGUUCGAACAGCGACAAUUUCUCAUCUUCUGUGACAAUUCCAUCUAAAAAUCUUUUCUUGUAG